UUCGCUCCGUGCAGGCAUAUUCAUAAAUUAUAAGCCAGCUAACUUGCUAUUUUAAUGAUGGCCAUUGUAGCUAAUAAGGAGGAAGAAGUUUUCCGCCCAUUAGCAAACUUCCCCCCCACUCUCUGGGGGUAUAGUUUUGCUAAAUUUUCUUUUUUAGAUCCUGAAUUUGAAUCAUACACUAAAGGAGUGGAAGUACUCAAACAAGAGGUGAUACAUAUGUUAAUGCAAUCGACGGAAAAGUUAGCCGAUAAGAUUGAGUUUAUCAACUUAUUAUGUCGACUUGGUGUAUCAUAUCAUUUUGAAAAUGAAAUUGAAAAACAAUUAAAUGAUAUUUUCAUUGUCCUUCCUGAUCUUCUUUCUAAAAAUGAUUAUGACCUCUACACUUUGGCAAUUCUAUUUCAAGUUCUCAGACAAUAUGGAUACAAAAUGCCUUGUGAUGUAUUUAACAAAUUCAAGGACAGCGAUGGAGGAUUCAAGAAAACCAUCAGUAGUGAUGUGAAAGGCCUCCUUAGUUUAUACGAAGCUACCUUUCUGAGUGUUCAUGGAGAAGAUAUUUUAGAUGAAGCCCUUGCUUUUACAAGGCAACAUUUGGAAACCUUAGCUGCUCAAUCAAGCCCUCGUCUAGCAAAACGUAUAAGGAAUGCUCUUCUGCGACCAUUCCACCAAGGCAUAGAGAGACUAGAGGCUAGGCAAUACAUUUGCUUCUAUGAAGGAGAUGAGUCUCGAAAUGAAACUCUCCUCAAAUUUGCAAAGUUUGAUUACAAUAGACUGCAAUUCUUUUACAAACAAGAGCUAGCCUUGCUCUCAAGCUGGUGGAAAGACAUAAAUCUUGCGGAAAAACUUCCUUAUAUAAGAGACAGAAUUGUGGAAGUGUAUCUGUGGGCAGUUGCAGCCCAUUUUGAGCCUGAAUAUACUCUUGCUCGACUGAUGAUCACCAAGUAUACGAAAAUGUUAUCGGUGGUAGAUGAUACAUAUGAUGCUUAUGGUACCAUUGAUGAACUCCGACGCUUUACGGAUGCAUUUCAGAGAUGCAAUGCUGAUGCUAUUGAUGAGGUGCCAGAAUAUAUGAAAGUUAUUUACAAGGGUCUCUUGAAUCUUUUUGACGAAACAGAAAGUGCUGGCAAUGAAGAAAUGUCCUCUAGAACCUCUUAUGCCAAAGAGAAAUUCAAAGAAAUUGCAAGAGGAUACUUUGUUGAGGCAAAGUGGUUUAAUGAAGGGUAUGUGCCAUCAAUGGAAGAGUACAUAGAGAAUGGAUUAAUCACAAGCACUUACAGUGUAAUUCCAGCAGCAUCCUUCAUUGGAAUGGAAAAUGUUAUGGGAACCAAGGAAUAUGAGUGGGUCGAAAAUAAUCCAAAAACUGUUAUAGCUUGCAAGUUAAUUUGCCGUUUGAUGGAUGACAUAACCACCCGUGAGGAUGAGCGAAAGAGAGGACAUUGUGCAUCAAGUGUGGAGUGCUACAUGAAAGAACAUGGUGUCUCAGAAAUGGAGGCAAUUGCAGAAAUUCAGAGAAUGUGUGCAAAUGCAUGGAAGGACAUGAACGCGGAAUGCAUGAAGCCAACUGCUGUCCCAAGGGUUCUUCUCAAAUAUUAUCUCAACCUUGCAAGAGUAAUAGAUUUUGUUUACAAGUACAUGGAUUCCUAUACAUAUUGCUCAAGUCUCAAAGAGGACGUCUACUCAUUGUUCCUUGGGCCACUGCCCAUGUAAGCACCUGCCACUUUUCAGCUGUUGGGUCCUUAGUGGGUGUAAUUAAAUAAGCUAAGAUUUGAUGGAAUUGUUGGGUCCUCAAGUCUCAAAGGGACGUCUGCUCAUUGUUCCUUUGAUUUGUUGAAUAAAUUAGGUAUCUUGUCAACGUUAAAAGUUAUUGGGUUUUUUUUAUAAAUUUUAUUGAAAUGGUCCGUUGAUAUUCUA